AAUGGAGGAUAUCUGGCGCAUGACAAAAAGAGCAAAAAGAACCGCCCCACCCCACAGGCCACCCACAGCUGCAUUCUCUCUCUUCUCCCUCACCCACUUAACAGUGCUAGCUCAAUGUGCACUUAUUAUUAUUUGGGAACUUCACUUUUCGAUCUCUUAACUACAAUUACUACUUUAAUAGUUUAAUUCUACCCAAAUUCUCCUCCUUUUUCCCUUUCUUCCAUAAAACAAACACUUCACACUCUUCCCACUUCUACUUCUCUUCUUGUCUUCUUCCUCUGUAAAAAAAAAAAAAAAAAAACUUCACACUUUUCAGGGUCCUCCAUUUUUCUCUCUUGGGGUUUUCUUCAAGUGCUUCAAAAAUGGUGACCACUUUAUGUUCUUAAAAUUUCUGGGUUUUUUGUUUAGGGCUCUGCUUCUUGAGAGAAUUCAAUAAAGAUCUCAUCUUUUUUCUGGGUUUUUGUUUUUCUUCUUCUUCCUCCAAAAAUGGAGAGAAAUAAGCUCAAAUUGUUGCAUUUAUCCUUGCUUUUUUUGUUGAGUUUUGCUUUAUGUCAGAAUAACCCAGAUGAAAUCAGUGGGAUUUACAUUGUUACUCUGAAGCAAGCACCUUCUGCUCAUUUCUUCGUCAAUGAUUUGAGUAAAAGACAUAGGAGUGGGUUCAAAAAGCAUGUUCCUUCUACUAAAUUGAACACCUUUCACAAGCUUAGAAAUAUCUCUAGAUCGGAUCGUCACUAUGGGUCAUAUAUUGCACGAGUCCAUGAUUCGUUGUUGAGGAAGGCGUUGAGAGGCGAAAGAUAUCUGAAACUGUACAGUUAUCACUACUUGAUCAAUGGGUUUGCUGUGCUUGUUACACCCGAGCAGGCGGACAAGCUUUCUAGAAGAAGAGAAGUGGCCAAUGUGGUACUAGACUUCUCUGUGAGGACUGACACUACGCACACUCCCGAUUUCCUAGGUUUGCCUCAAGGAGCAUGGCCUGAGAACGGGGGAUAUGAUUCUGCUGGAGAAGGGAUUGUGAUUGGAUUUGUUGAUACUGGGAUUGAUCCUAUGCAUCCUAGCUUUUCAGAUUCCCUAGAAGCAAAUGCAUAUCCAGUUCCGCAGCAUUUCUCUGGAAUUUGUGAGGUUACUAAGGAUUUCCCUUCAGGCUCUUGCAACAGGAAACUUGUCGGGGCAAGGCAUUUUGCUGCAUCAGCCAUAACAAGAGGGAUUUUCAAUUACAGUAAGGACUAUGCAUCGCCAUUUGAUGGUGAUGGUCAUGGGACGCAUACAGCUUCAAUUGCGUCAGGAAACCAUGGGAUUCCAGUUGUUGUAUCUGGGCAUCGCUUUGGAAAUGCAAGUGGAAUGGCUCCCCGCUCACAUAUUGCUAUCUACAAGGCAUUGUACAAGGGCUUUGGUGGUUUCGCUGCUGAUGUAGUUGCAGCCAUAGACCAGGCAGCUCAGGAUGGUGUUGACAUUAUUAGCUUAUCAAUCACUCCCAAUAGGCGUCCUCCAGGAGUUGCCACAUUCUUCAAUCCUAUAGACAUGGCCUUAUUGACCGCUGUCAAGGCUGGUAUCUUUGUGGUACAAGCAGCAGGAAACACUGGUCCAGCUCCACAUAGCGUUUCUUCCUUCAGCCCAUGGAUCUUCACAGUAGGUGCUGCUUCUCAUGACAGAGUGUAUAAUAACAGCAUAAUUCUUGGCAACAAUGUGACGUUGUCUGGCGUUGGAUUUGCAUCGGGAACAAAUGAUACUGUGUAUAAACUGAUCUCUGCUGCACAUGCUUUAUGCAACGACACUACUGCACCAAAUGACAUGUACAUUGGUGAAUGUCAAGAUGCCAGUGUUUUAAAUCCAGAGCAUGUUGCUGGAAACCUUUUGAUCUGUAGCUAUUCAGUACGUUUUGUGCUAGGAGUCUCCACCAUCAAACAGGCAUUGCAGACUGCCAAGAAUCUUAGUGCAGUGGGUGUUGUGUUUUACAUGGAUCCUUUUGUUUUAGGGUUUCAACUGAAUCCAACUCCUAUGGAUAUGCCUGGCAUCAUAAUUCCGUCAACAAAUGAUUCUAAGGUUUUCCUCCAAUACUACAAUUCCUCUUUGGUGAGAGAUGCGACCACAAAGAAUAUUGUAAAAUUUGGAGCAGUAGCUAGCAUUUCUGGUGGACUAAAUCCAGAUUACAUUGAUUCUGCUCCAAAGGUAAUGUACUAUUCUGCUAGAGGCCCAGACCCCGAAGACAACUCUCUUGGUGAUGCAGACAUACUCAAACCAAACCUGAUUGCUCCUGGAAAUUCAAUAUGGGGUGCUUGGAGCUCACUUGGCACUGAUUCUACUGAAUUUCUGGGUGAGGAAUUUGCUAUGAUGUCUGGGACAAGCAUGGCUGCUCCUCACGUUGCAGGACUUGCAGCUCUAAUAAAGAAGAAAUUCCCUGGUUUCAGCCCAGCAGCUAUUGCCUCUGCUCUUUCAACGACAGCUUCACUUCGUGACAAGAAUGGUGGGUACAUCAUGGCCCAGCGUGCUUAUUCCAACCCAGACGUGAACCAAUCUCCUGCAACUGCUUUUGACAUGGGUAGUGGAUUUGUUAAUGCAACUGGUGCUCUAGACCCAGGCCUCAUAUUCGAUUCUAGUUAUGAUGACUAUUUUUCUUUUCUUUGUGGCAUAAAUGGUUCUGCUCCAGUGGUAUUGAACUACACAGGUCAGAGCUGUGAUGGGAUUUCUACCAUGGGUGGCUCUGACUUGAACUUACCCUCUAUUACAAUUGCAAAAUUAAACCAAACUAGAGUGGUCAACCGAACACUUCUAAAUGUUGGUGUCAAUGAGUCCUUUCGUGUUGGUUGGGGUGCUCCUUAUGGUGUUUCUGUAAAGGUUAUACCGUCAUACUUCUACAUUGCAGCUGGAGAGAAACAGGUACUGACUGUAUCUAUGAAUGCUACUAGGAAUGAUACGACUGCUGGUUAUGGUAGGAUAGGGCUUUUUGGAGAUCAAGGUCACAUAGUAAACAUCCCGUUAACCGUCAUUUUUAAAUUCUCUUCAUGAUGUAAGUAGUUUCUGAUGACAUAUAAAAUUUUAGAAAGAUAAUCAAUUCUUUCUCUUGUCUGACCAUGGAGGUCGGCUGAUUCUAUUCUUGCUAAUGUCGUGAAUGAGUGCUGAUAUUUUUUUUGAUUAGAUACAUGUAAAGUAGCUGUUGUAUUCUGAUUAGAAUGUAGAUAUGCAAGUGAAUGAUAAUUAAAAAGAACAUUUCAGUUUCUGCA